CCAGGCUAUGGCGAGCGAGGCCGCGAUGGCGCUGGCGAUGCCGCUCGGCUGCUGAUGAGAGGGGGCAGAUUUCUCAACUCUCUGCGGCAGCUAGCCAGGCAGCCAGUGAGCAACACGCCUUUGAUCUGCAACGCAUUCGAGCUGGGGCACGGCGUUUCCACGCUGAUCAAGCAGGGGUGUAUGUCGCCGCCGUCCAAGGAGAAGCAGUACUUUUUGAUCGGGCUCUCGUCAUCGAUGAAGCAGCAGCACGCUGCUGCCAUGAAGAACUUGCUGAUUUCCACACACAUCAAGAACAGCAGCUCUGCCGCUGCUAUGGUGCAAGAACCUCUGGAAGAUAAAAUGGAAGCUCCUCCUCCGGUGGAGGACAAUGUGGUUCCUCUUGCACUGGAAACAUCUUCUCCGGCAGAGCAAGUUUGUGAUGCUGGGAUUUCUCCCGGUUACUAGGGCGUGUGUUUCGGCAAGCCGAACGAUGUUGGGCCGAAGAUUUGGAAUCCCUUCCGGGUAAGGGAUUUCUGAUGGAAGAGCAGAAGGACGACCGUACAGCGGACGAAGAAGACCCAUCUGGAACGUACUGCAGACACUCAGUACGUCACGGAAGAUGAAGUAACCCAGCGCAUCAAAGGAUGGCUGAAGGCUAUGGAGGAUAGGAUGUAUCGAGUGGAAGACCAUCUACAGGGACUUUGUUAUGGCAUUCCUCGCUCAACUGCUACAGGGACUGCAGCAGUGGAGCGAGGAAUGCUAUAACAAAGUCAUGAUUACUUUCGAAGAGCUGAAGAACAGUGCAUCUCAGACCACCGGCAACUCCACUACCUCGCAGGAACAAAUUGACAAGCUCACCGAGGAGAACCGUCAACUGCAGUACUUCGUCGACAAUAUCCGAAGCAGCAUGCCGAGAUAAGUAGGAGAUGGAGACUCCUACUACUCUAGGGUCAAACUUUUCAAUUCUAAAACGAACAGUAAUCACACAAGAAAAUGAGUUCACAUAAAAUUCAUAAAAUUCAGGAGGCAGACAGAUUCACAACUCAGCUUAGUGUGCAACUCCAGGUGCAAACUUACACUACUUCCAUAAGAGAAAUUGGGUACAGGCCGCUAACACAUCUUGGAGGGUAAGGAUCAAGGUUUCUCCAACCGCAUCCUCUAACCAAAAGCACGAAAGAAUAUUCCAAGUUCCGAGUACGGGCUCCUCCAACCGCAUCCUCUAACCAAAAGCACGAAAGAAUAUUCCAAGUUCCGAGUACAGGCUCCUCCAACCGCAUCCUCUAACCAGUUUGAGAAGAUAACUACUCAUGAAUUGAACACCCAGGAGCAAUUACUACCCA